AGACAACGAAUUCGAUUUAUUUUAGUGUUGUAUAUCUGAUUUGCAACAAAAUACUUACAUUUUUAUAAUGUAUUAAUCAUCUUAUUUACGUUUGGCCAUCAUUAUAGGGUUCCGCAUACUUUAAGACAUUUGUUUUUUAAUGUUAACCGUAAAAUAACCACCUGUCUAAACGUUAAAAUAAGAAACGGGAAAUCUUGGUUUUCUUAGCCGCUCAAAAUGGAUGUAAUUGAAAAAGACAACGAGUCCUCUGUUACUGUUAAGACUUCUGCUACGAACGAUAGUGAUGAAAUUUGGGAAAUAAUUGACAAAGAAGAUGAUGAGGACCUAAGAAAUUUGUCAGCAGCAGUCUAUGCAUUUAUACUAUUAGUCAUCGGCAUACCACUAUGGUGGCGUAUGACAGAAGUGCAAAGGCAUCCAUUACCAUACUCACAGAUCUCAGAAUUAAGUAGCAUGGAUAUAGUGAUUGCUACUGACAUAUUUGUUUUCACCAAAAAUCCAUCUGACACUGAACGUAUCAUCGAACACAUUUAUACAAAGUUCAAUUCAACCAUGUUCAGUGUCAAAGCUCAAACUUCUACUCUCAUCCACUCCGAUGAUACCUUUGAAAAACUUGAAACUGCUAUAACACCAUUAGGAUCAUUACAGCUUAUUGAAACAACUAAUGUUGACAGCAUUGUAGCUGGUCUUGGGCGUAAUGUAUAUUUUCCUCCUGCUACAGAUAUUUCAAUUUUGAUGGACUCUUUAGAGAGACUAUUACAAACUGAUGCAUUAUCUGAUUCGAUGAUAUCUAUGUUGAAUCCUGGUAAACAUUCUGAAGAUGCACAAGUAGUAGCUGAACGACAGCGUAGAGUUAGACCAUCAUCGAAUUACAAUGUACUUCUUACAGUUGUGAAUCCAGAACCAGACAAACUGCGAGUUUCUUGGAAGCCAGAAAUACCUUUAAACCGUUAUUUACAACCAUUGCUAAAUCAGUUACAACUGAUUGCAAACUUUUCAGUGCAAUCUCAAUGGUUAUAUUUAAUUGAUUUGAUUCAGAAGCCUGUAAACUUAAAUGGUACAUUUGUACUAGACAAAAACCAAGCUCAAUACAUAAUUACUCCACUUGAAAAAAAAUUAGGAUCUGGAGUGUCUCGUGAUCCAUGUAUACAUUUUGUCGUAUACGUAACGCCUUGUUCUUUUAUACCUUUAUAUUUCCAUGAAAACAACCAACUCACUACCGCUAUGAUGUCAGCUCGAUGGGGUGGUGUACAAUUUUUAAAUGCUGAUCAAAUUAGGUGCAAUGAAUCCACAGAAAGCUUCAUACCUGAUGAUCUCAGUAUUAUGUCUCCUAUUGUUACACAAUUUCAUUCAUUAAUUGGUGUGCCAGAUGUGUCAAAGUAUGUUUUACUGAUGCCACACAGAUCUUCCACUUUACGAACCUGGCAAUUAGAUUCAAUGUACAGACUAAAAAUUGUUGAACAAUACACCAAUGCACGUAUUACUUUAACUUCGUUAGCAAGACUUUUGGGCGAAAUCAGUAAUAUUGUGAUUAUCGAAGAAGUUGGAAAAGCUGUAACCGAGUCUGUAGAAGCAGCUAUUAAUGUACUUCAAUGUCUAGAAAAAGGACAGUUGGAAGAAGCAUUAAAAUUCAGUAAAAUAGCAUUUGAAACAUCAGAGUUUGCAUUUACUCAUCCAUCAUUAUUAGCAUUGCUCUAUUUUCCAGAUGAUCAAAAAUAUGCUGUAUAUAUUCCUUUAUUCUUACCUGUUAUGAUCCCAGUACUAAUGUCAUUGAAAGGAGUUAAAAAAUGGAUACAAUUAAAAUACAAAAUUUGAUUUAGAAAUAACUGAA